GUUCAAGAAGUAUGAAUAGUUUUGCCAGACAAUGCAAUUUUAAUGGCUUAGUCACAUGAAACAGGUGGAAGAUAAGAUAAAUCAAUAAGGGUAACAGAAAUAACACGAAUAUAGAAGCUCCCCAAAAACCCAAAUGGGAAGACAAAACCCUUAAUUGAAUAAAUCAUUCAAUUAUAUUCCCCAAAUCUUUAAAUACUGUAGAAUUCUUAUUAUGUAAAUAGAUUCAGAACGUUGCAUCUUUGCGUCUGUUUUGGGACCACAAGUAGAGGCUGUAAUAAAUGUGUUACAUCAUGUUGACUCUGUGGGUGGUGAAUCACUUCUUCAGCUGGAACUCCACGGAGAGGAGCAGAUCAGGGACAGAUCAGACUCAGUCGUCACAGCAGCCAACAUGCAGUGGAUGCAUCUGGAUGUUGGACUUGUUCUUGGAAUUAUUUUUAUGCAGAUAUCCAGUUUCAGCUUCUCAUCUCCAGCUUCUGGGAUUUUGGAUUCAGUGGAGACCUGCAUGUCAGACUUAUGCAGCUGUGAGAGGGCACUUGUCGCUGGCAACUGUGAGGAUGACAGGUGCCAAAGAAAGGGUUCAGAGGACUGUAACUUGACCAUCCAGGCUGCACUGGGCCAAUUUCCACCCCUGCAAGGAUGUGUGUGUACAUGGGAGGAGGAGCUCUGUGACUCCAUACAAGCACUGGUCACACAAUGCCUCCAAAAGCCAGGAAGUCAGCAGGGGAAGAUCACACCGACUGACUGGAAAUCAAGUAAUUUAGCAGACAAUGAUGUGCUUCUUGCAGUGCGUGAAGGCUCUGGAUCCUGUGUGGACCGCAUUGGUCUUUGUGUGAGUGAGUCUGUGUGCAACAGGCACCUCACACCUGUUCUUCAAGCGUGCAUGGCUGAUCAGUGCGACAGUGAAAGGUGUCGGCGGGAAAUUCAACAGUUCUACGGAGGCAUGCCUCAACAGUCUGCCGAGAUGCUAGUGAUGUGCGAGUGUGACGACUCGGAUCAAAGCUGUUUGCUCAUGAAGUCCGGUCUGCAGAGCGGGGCUUGUGGCGUUGAGACAAGGAUCUGCCAAGAAAGGGUCACUCAGUGUGUCCAAGACAGCAACUGCAGGCACCUCUUGAAAACACUCCAAGAGAAAUGUUGGAACCAUGAAGAAAUCCUAUGCAGUGAAAGAAAUCUCCAAGAAAAUGAAUGUUUUACAUUAAAGGAUCCAGCUCUAAUGCUUGGUGCAAAUUCUGAAUGUAGAAAAGCCUUCUUAGCCACGUUGGGUACAGUGCUUCACCAUCCUUGCACGUGCAAAGGAGUGCACAGCAGUCAUCUACGGAUGUGCAAUAUGAUUCUUGAAGUAUUUCACAACAGACUACACUUCAUAAAAUUGGUGAAAAGCAGCAGUGGCCCUUCCAAACCACCUGAAAUCAACAAAUCUGAGCAGGGUCACACGUGGUCAUACGGCUACGUCUUGUAUGCUUUUUCAGCUCUCUUCCUUGCUGGAGUUGUCAUAAUAUCCCCUCUGGUUUUUCUCAGUAAGCUGCGGUUGAAAAGGAGAGAUCAGAUAAAACUUAAACAUCAAAAGAAGGUGAAUCAUGUCAUUUUAUAAUAUAACAUCCCUUUCAUGACUAUGUUUUAGUUUCAUAUUUUAUGUGGUUCAGAUUCUCAAAAGGUUUUUCUUCCCUCGUGUAUUUAUCAUUUUAUGAUGAUUAAUGGAGCAUUGAGUUUGAAGGUUUUAGGCAUUUAGAAGAGGUACUACCAGAUUGAAUAAGCAGUUGGGUUCAUACAAAGUUAAUUAAACUGGAAGAAAUAACAUUUUCUAUUACCUGAAGUUGGUUCUAGAUGACUGAGUGAUUUCUGAGGACUUUUUUUUUUUAUUAGCAAGUGUAUCUGUCACUACUCCUUUUGGUUUUAAAUAGAUAAGUGUAUCUGAAGGUAGCUGCCUGGUAGAAGUUAAAAUGUUGUAAAAUAAAUUCCAUACUCAAAGUACCACAUACUGGAGUCAUUCAGUGCCUUGCAAAACUAUUUACACCUUCCUGAAAAUUUCCCCCCACUUAACAUCAGCAAUAGAAGAUUUUUAAUGCAGCAUCACAAAUAGUAUGUAAUAAUUAUAUAUAAGAAAAUGCAUGCUCAAUAUUUCUAGAUUUAUUUCCCAAGUUCUGUAAAACAAAAUAUGUCAUUCUCAUUAUUUACUUCUUCAUUACAAAAUUCUGUUUUUGCUUUGUAAGUUCUUGAACAUUGAUUUUAUUUCUGGUGUUAAAAAAACAUGAAGUGAAUGUGCUGCAGCUGAAGGAACUUACAAAAGUUGUUCUUGUAGCCCCAAGAUCAACUUUAUGUCCUCUGGUGCAGUAUUUAGAGAUGUUAAUGGAAGUUUCACAGCCCCUUAGCCUAUAAUAAAUGUACACGUCAUUUCAAAAAAUUACUGACCAAGAAAGAAAUUUGAUAUGAUUCAAUGUUAUUUUCAAUAAGUGCAUGGUACCAUUAUCUAUCAAAGGACUGGAUUAUUACUUUGUUUGCUUAUUAGAUUUUAGUUCCAAGGUAAAAAGAAAAAUUGUGAAUCUUUCAGCUAAAGGUGAAAAGUGGAGUAUCUUCUGAACAAACUUCUUACAUAAAACAUUAAAUCAACUUCUAAAACUUUACCAAUGUCUUUAUUAGUAAAAGCACAUGUUGUUUCAUUAUGGAAAAUAAUCCUUGAACAUUUUGGAUAGUUAACAGUUUCAUUUAAAAACUUUCCAGUAAUCUGGCCAUCUCAUUCAUUUUACUUCAGUUUAUUUGUAUCAAGUCAAUUCACAACAUAUCAUCUUGAGGCACUUCACAAAAAUAGUCAUUUCAAUUAAAUCUUACAUACUAUAUAUUCCAAUUAAUUCUACUCAUUGAACAGAGAGUGCAUUAAAUUCAGUUCAUCAUUCAAUUUAGUUAAAAAAGUCUAAGAAAAUCUAGCAGAUGGCAUCAGGUCACUGACUUGCAGCAUUCACUCCUUCUGGACAAAAACCAAAUUAAUUGAAAAUGGUCAAUAAUAUAUUUUUUAGGCACAGCUGAAUAAACUAUUGGUGACAUUUGAUAAAAUAUUCAAUUUAUUCAUUUUGGAGAAGUUUCGAAUGACAUAAUCUAGAGUACAAAAAGACUUGAAGCACCAUGGAGAUACGUUGUAAAAAUGCAGCAGCUUUAGAAAUACUUCCCAAAAGUUGAACUUGCGAUUUUGUGCUCAAUUGUUGUUGCAGUGUGUAUCGUCUUUCAACUCUGACGACAAAACAGUUCAAAGGGAUGAUUGAAAGCCCAAAAUUAAAAUGGAUCUAACUUCCAUGAUUAAUGGUUGUAAACGUCACGCAUGAACCACAGAAAACAUAACUUUGUACUGUUGGAGCUCCUCCUCUCGAAUCUUCUCUUAUCUCAUUUUCAAAGGGCCCUGCACAGAAUAAACAUACACUGCUGUGAUCUAUUUUAGAUAAUAUCAAAUUAAAAUCCAGAGUCUUUUUAGAUACCAUCUUUUUAUUAUAUAUUGCAACUUGGCAAGACAGACACAAAAAUAAAUAGCAAUUAACUUUAACCUUCAGUAUGAUCACAGUCAUUUCAAUCAGGGAUAAAAAAAA